UAAUGCUAACUGAAAAAAGCUUAGAUGAUAGCUUAAAUGAUUCCUUACAACCCUCUUAGUUGAAGAAUCUUGAAGAAGAAUUUGAGACUAAUUAAAUGAUCAACUAAGAAAGCUCUGUCAAAUUGGUAAAUAACUCAUCAUACAAUUAUGUUAAACCUUAAUGUUCAUAUAGAUAUACUUAUUCAUCUGAAGAACACUCAUCCGACGAAGAGGAGAGUUAAUCAUCAAAAAUUUCAUAACAACCUUAAUUUUUGACUUUUGGUUAAAUUGAUUCAAAUUUGGGAGAAAUUAAAGAAUUGAUUAAAUAGCACAAUUAUUAAUAAGCAUAUCAAUAAUUAGUAAGAUUCCAAGAAGCAAAAUAAGAUUAAUUGUCAUAAGAAAAUAAAUAAUAUUUGUAAUACCUCUUCACAUAAAUUUACUUUGGAUUAUAAAUGUAUAGGGAAAUGUUUUAAAUUGCAAACUAAAUAAUAAAUUAAGAUCAAGAUUAUGUUGAUCAUACAUUAGAUAUGUUGAUCAAUGCUUCUUUAUUGAUAAAUAAUUUAGAAUUAGCACUUUAAUAUUAACUUUAAUUGAUUAAUAGGUCAAAUUAUGAUUAAAAUGAGUAAUUACGACUAGGUAAAAUUUAUAUGUUAUUGGAAAAACCAGUUGAAGCAUAUUUUAGUUUUCUUGGAUCAUAUAAGGCUGGAAAUUAAGAAGCUUUAGAAUAAUUAAUUGAAAUCGGACACACUGUGGAUCAAAGAGCUUUUCCAGAUCUUGCAUAUAAGUAUAUUAAUAGCAAAAACUAAAAAAACUAAAAAGUGUUAGCAAAAACUUUGUUUAAUCUUGCAAAAAUUGAAUAUCCAAAUAAAAGUUCUUUAUAACAUCAGGAAUAAGGAUAUUCAAUUUUAGUCUAAAUAAAUGGAGUGAAUGAUUAAAAUACAAUCAAAGCUUUAUGUAAUCUAGCAUGUAUGAGGUUGCAAUUCUAGUAAUGGUAAGAAGCUGAAAAGGAUUUUGAACUUUGUUUAUAAAUAAUUUCAUAAUUAGAAGGAUAAGCAAAUAGAUAAUUUAUAUUUUGUUUAUAACAACUUUCUUAAUGUCAAUAUUAAUCAAAAAAAUAUGAAUAAUCUUUAGAAACUCUUGAAAGAUGCUUUAAUUUAGCUUCAUAAUCAACAAAUGUUAUUAAAAAAGAAUUUUUAGAUAGAAUACUUUUUAAUAUUGCAUAUGUAAAAAUAAUUAUGAAAUAAAAUUUUUCUGGUACCUUGUCAAAAUUAAUUGCUACUCAAAAUUCAGUAUUAUUAAAUGAGAUUGGAAUUAUUUUAUAAAAGCAUGAAUAUAUUGAUGAAGCUAUCGAAUUAUAUAAUGAAGCUUUAAAUUGGAGUUCAAAUGAUUAACAUGUUUUAAUUAGUUUUAACUUAGCAGGUUGUUAUGGAUUAAAAAAGGAUUAUACGAGGAGUGUUGAUCUUUAUAAACAAUGUUCAAUCGAAAUGGAUGAUAGAUUAAAAUGCGAUAUUGAAAGAAAAAUAAGUUAAGUCUAUUAUUCCUGUUCAAAAUUUAGAGAAUCAUUAUUCCAUUUAAAAAGAGCAUAUCAAUUAGCAAAAGAGUUUAAUCUAGAUUGUAUUUCAGAAAUUAAAUAAGAAUUAAAAAAAUUUUGA